AUGCUCCUUUUCUUGGUGGCUGUGACCCUGCUGCGAAUCGACAGCGGCCGUUGUGGCCUCCCUUUCUACAAUGGCUUUUACUAUGACCACGUCAUGAACGACAAAGGGAAUGGAAACGAGGAAAUUCAUUUCAACGGUGUCAAGCUGGUGGUAGAAACUCCGGGUGACCCCGUCUUCACCUACCGCGGGGCCAAUGUCACGCUCUCCUGCCACUACCACUACGACCCGCAACCGGACAAGCCCCGCAUGAUCCGCAUCAAGUGGUCCAAGCUUCAGGAGGACAGCACCACAGACAAGGACGUGCUGGUGGCCGCUGGCCCGAAGCACCGCGACUUCGGCGACUUCCAGGGGCGUGUGCACCUGCAGCAGGACAGCCCCAGGGACGUGUCCCUGGUGAUCCAUGACCUGCGCUUGGACGACCGCGGCAAGUACCGCUGCGAGGUCAUCGACGGGCUGGAAGACGAGAGCGGGAUUGUGGAUCUGGAAUUGCGAGGGGUGGUUUUCCCUUACCAGUCUCCCCACGGCCGCUACAUGCUCAACUUCCAUGAGGCCAAGAAGGUCUGCGAAGAGCAGGACGCCGCGAUCGCCUCCUUCGAGCAGCUCUUCAAGUCGUGGGAGGAGGGUCUGGACUGGUGCAACGCAGGUUGGCUGGCGGACGGCACGGUCCAGUACCCGAUCACUUUCCCCCGAAAGCCCUGUGGCGGAAAGGGUCUGGCCCCUGGGAUACGGAGCUACGGCGAGCGCCACAAGAACCUGCAUCGCUUCGACGUGUUCUGCUUCUCCUCUGAUCUGAAAGGGGAGGUUUACUACCUGGCUCACCCGUGGAGGUUCACCCUGGAAGAUGCCAAGCAAGCCUGCCAGGACGACAAGGCUGAGAUCGCCAAGGUGGGGCAGCUCUAUGCAGCCUGGCAGAUCCACCGGCUGGACCGUUGCGACGCGGGCUGGCUGGCUGACGGGAGCGUGCGGUACCCCAUCGUCUGGCCCCGGCCCAAGUGUGGCCCACCAGAACCAGGGGUCAGAAGCUUUGGCUUUCCCAAACACGGGAGAUUUGGAGUCUACUGUUACAAGAUGAACUAAAGGGAAGGCCGAA